UUAUGCGGCGGGGUCGGUGUACGAGGCGAACACCGGCAGAAUGUCAAAGGUGUCGACGGCCAUGACCCUCCUCGGCUGCUGGGCGGCGUGUGUGGUGACGGCGUACUCGAAGUCGAUGGCCACCGAUCGGAUGGUGCUGCUGCUGGCAUCCCACUGGGCCAGGAAGUUGUUGGGGUUGGCGUCUCCGGGUACCCAGCCGCACUUGUGGAUGCGCAGCAGCAGCCUGAGCAGGUAGAGGACGUGCUGGCGGUGGUGGGCGGCCUCGACUCCGAGACGGGCGAGGGUGGCGGCGAGGGUCUUGAUGAGCUCGUUGCGGUGUUCGUCUUCGUCGUCGUUGCCCGCCCUCGCAUCAUACAGGUCCCGGAGGGACACUGCACCAACAACCACGUCCCCCUUGCCGCCACUGCCCCCUCCCUCCUCACGCAGCCGACGGACCUCGGCGCCACUGAGGAAGCCUGAAUGGGUAGACACACACACAGCAUAGAGCACACGUGUCUGCGCUGCGAUGCACGAGCGCAUGCGGUGUGUCGCUCGCUCACCGAUGUGGUCCAUCACGAGUACUGUGCCUUCGGCCUUCGUGGUGGUCCGCUGCCCGUCACCUGGCGGCUGGGGGCCUCCCUGCAGCUUCCACUGCUGCCGGUGCAGCGGCAGCAGCUUCACUGGGAACUGGCCAGGAGGCGCGCCCUUCCACUUGUCUGUGGGCCGCAGAUCUCCCCACGCCCUCUCUCUCUCGCCACUCUCCUACCGUCUCAUCCACUGCAUCGUUAUUCGUUGAACGGGACUCUCACGGAAAUAAAAUGAAGGCAGCGAUAUAAGGAAGGCGAGGCGUCCUGCGUCUCCUUCUCGGCCUGGAUAACGCCGCGAUGACGUAACGCAUGACAGACACGACAGGCCACAUCAGGGUCGUCGCAUGAUGCAGAUGCAUCUGCACUGUCCUCUCUCUGAGCUGCAUCUCUCUUACCUUCUGAGGUCGGCCCUUUCGCCCAGCAACAAGUCCGAUCUGGUAAGCGUGGCUCGGUGAGACAUGAUGCUCUGCAGCGUCACACACCAACGAGAUCCAUGAAGAUGGUUCUGUCUCGCCACUCUCCUACCUUCUCAUGUCAGCGCUCUUUCUUGGUCGCUCAUCCACUGCAUCGUUAUUCGUUGAACGGGACUCUCACGGAUAUAAAAUGAAGGCAGCGAUAUACGGAAAGCACAGCGGGCACCAUCGGCGCCUCCCCCUCUCCCGGCAGGUCCUUCUGACCCAGGUCCACCAGCACCUUGGCCUCAUGCCGCAGCUUCUCUCUCACCAGCGCCAUCAGUUGGGGCGAUAGCGGGCCCCCCAGGCUCCUGAGGGGGGGGUGCCUUGAGCAUGUACGAGGGGCCCAGGGUACCCCGAGCCACCCCCCUGACGACGUGGUAGUUCUCGUUCAUGGCCGUGGCAUACUUGCCGUAGCUCACGAACGAGUCGAGGAAGGCCUUGCCGUCGGCAGACAUGAUGGCCGUCUCGUUGUCCGCUCUGGGGACGGUGUUGUGGUACUGCUGCUGCUGCCCUGGCGACGGUGGUGGUGGUGACGGCAGCUGCGGCCCUGGUGGCGGUGGGGGCGGACCGGCCUCCUUCGGCCUCUGCUCCUCCUUGACGUCCUCUGCCCUCUCCCUCUCCUCAUCUCCCUCCUGCUGCCUCUGGUCCACCUGCUGGGCUGCCAAGGUAGGGGCGGCUGCCGGCGGCUCGUGGCCGUCGGUCUCAGGGUGCCCCUCAUCGUCCCGUGCCCUCUCCUCCUGCUGCCGCUCGUGAAUCACCUCCUCGUCAAUCACCUCCGCCUCCUCUCUCCUCUCCCUCUCGUCUCCCUCCUGGUGGCUGGUGGCUGACGGGGCGCGGCAUCCGUCCUCCUCAAUCACCUCCGCCUCCUCCCUCCUCUCCGUAUCCCUUCCCUCUCCCGCCCUGGCCUUGGGCGCAGCCGGCACCGCUGGGGUGGCCAUCGAGAUGGCGGCGAUGUUGGGCCUGACGCGCACGGCGUCGUGUUGCGGUGCUGCUGAUGUCUGCGGGGCACGGUGGGGCGCCAUGGCGGCGGCGAGUGGAACAAAGCCCCAGCCAGGGGCAUGCGCGGCCGGGGCACCCGAUGCAGCGAUGGGAGGGGGAUGCUGGAAGGGCUGCUGCAUCAUGUGGGGCAGGGCCGGCAUGACUGGCGGCGCAUGCGCGCCGAUGGGCGCCGCUGUCACACCAUACGGGUCCUGCCGAGCCCGAAGGCAUACAAGGCCGACACACGUGUACGCCUCUGCAUAGACAGCCAGACAGGCACACAGACAGACAGACAGGCGAGCGCACACACAGACAAGUUCAGCAGCGAGCGCCUGCUUGUGUGUUAUGACUUCAGCCAUCUGGCCCUCCCUCAUGCGUACCGUCUUCGACGAGUCCCAUGCCCAGGGCGACGGUCUCCUCGGCCAGGGGAAGCGCCAGCAGGGUCUCAGGCAUCCUCUUGACUGGCGUGCAGUAGGGGCAUGGGAAUAGUAAUUCAGGGCACAU